GAGGCUGUAGGCCAAGGAGAAUCCAGUGACUGCUCCCACUCCAAGACAACUCAACCAAACAUGUUCACCUCUGUGGCGUUGAUGUGUAUGCUGGUGGCCGUAGGUGUGGCUCUCCCAGGUGGCUACCAACCCUCAUACAACGUGCCCACCCCCUACACCUUCAACUAUGGGGUCACCGCCGGCAACACCAACUUCGGCCAACACGAGAGUGGUGACGGACGCAACGUCAGGGGCAAGUACUACGUGCACCUUCCCGACGGCCGAGUACAGACAGUGGGUUACCGGGCUGACGGCAGCGGCUUCCAUCCCACCGUGAGCUACCAAGGCACCGCUAGUCAUCCCGGCCAUGGUUAUGGCUACCACUAACAACAACCAUCGCCGGUUUUCCAGGCUUUACCCACGAUGUGUUACCAUUAAGCAACACUUUUGAAUCACUGGACACACUACUGUUUAGUAUUUCCCUUUAAUUUUCAUGACUAUGCUUAAAAUUUAGCAUUAUUACGAAUCACUGACAAUUUUUGUAAGUAGAGAUUGUGGAUCAAGUAUUUUCCACUCAAGGUUGACCAGGCCAGACGAGCCUUUAAGCUUCACCCCGCCCUGCACUGCCUCACUUUUAUUCCCCUGCACCAGGUUUUGUAUAUAAUCAUGCUGUUAAUAAACGCAUAGAUCAAA